GUGUUAUCUAAGGAACAAAUUAUGGCUUUUGGCACAAAGGCUGCAAACACAUUCACUUUAACAGCAGAGAAUUCCUGGGCUCCUUCGGCAUGUAUACUUGUAUUCUACGUUGAUGAGCUUGGAGUGGUUGUAAAUGAUGCACUCACUGUCCCCAUUCAGCCUGUGUUGGAUGACAAGAUUAAAAUCUCUUGGAGCAAGCAUAAGGUCAAGCCAUCUGAGAAAGUCUCCCUUAAAAUCAGUAUGAAAGAACCAGGAUCAGUAAUUGGACUUGCAGUUGUUGAUAAAAGUACAAAGCUUCUAGGAGAAACUAGUGACAUAACGGAAGAUUCUGUGUUCCAUGAGCUCAAUUUAUACAGCACAGUGCAAUAUUUCCCCCUGGUCAGAGGUUCUUUUGGUGUCUUUCAGAAAUGCAGCCUUUGGGUAUCAACUGAUGCAAUUCUUGAAGAGGAUAAAGAGCAUUUUCUUUAUGGUGGAAUGAUACCUAUAGAGGAUGGUUUUGGUGAUGAUAUGCCAGUAUCUAAAAAUGGACCUCCUGGUUUCAGCAAUCUGUAUGUGAGGACUCAUUUUCCAGAGACUUGGCUUUGGAUCGACACUAAAACUAGAUCUGACACGGACACCACAAUGGAAGUCACUGUACCUGAUACCAUCACAUCCUGGGUAGCCAGUGCUUUUGUGAUGUCUGAAAACAGCGGGCUUGGAGUGACGACUGCUCCAGUGGAGCUAGAAGCUUUUCAACCUUUCUUCGUUUUCCUGAACCUUCCAUACUCUGUCAUCAGAGGAGAGCAGUUCAUUUUGGAAGUGAACAUCUUUAAUUAUUUGAAAGAGGAAGCUGAGGUUACUGUGAUCCUGGAUAUGAAUGAUGCUUUUGAAAUCAUUCUAACAUCCAAUGAAAUAAAUGCAACAGAAAAUCAACAGUUUGUAUCUGUACCAAGUGAAGAUGGGAAAACUGUUCAAUUCCCGAUCAAGCCAAAACAGCUGGGAGAGAUUCCCAUCAAAGUGACAGCAAUAUCAUCUGCUGCUUCUGAUGCCAUUAUCCAGAAAGUUUUAGUAAAGGCUGAAGGAUUGGAACAGACAUAUUCUCAGACAGUCCUUUUGGAUUUGACUGGGAAUAAGCCACGAUCAGUGUCAAAAACUUUGGAUUUCACUUUUCCUUCUGAUGUUGUAAGUGGCAGUGAGAGAGUGCAGGUCACUGCUGUUGGUGAUUUACUUGGGCCUUCUAUCAACGGUUUGUCGUCAUUGAUUAAGAUGCCUUAUGGCUGUGGUGAACAGAAUAUGAUCAAUUUUGCUCCAAAUGUUUAUGUUUUGCAAUACCUGACUAAAACCAGGCAGCUGAGAGAGGAUAUUAAAUCAAAAGCUGUAUCAUUUAUGAGAAAAGGCUACCAGAGAGAGCUGCUUUUCCAGAGGGAUGAUGGCUCUUUUAGUGCCUUUGGAAAUGACGAUCCCUCUGGGAGCACAUGGUUAUCAGCGUUUGUAUUAAGAUGUUUCCUUCAAGCUCGUCCAUUCAUAGAUAUUGACCAAGAUGUACUCACGGAUACAGCUAAAUGGAUCGUGCGGCAUCAGAAGUUAAAUGGAGAAUUUCGUGAGCCUGGGAAAGUGUUACACAGUGAUCUUCAAGGAGGCACCAAUAAUCCUGUCACUCUUACAGCUUACAUCAUGUCAUCCCUGCUAGGGUUCCCAGAUAAACAGCAUGCUUAUGUCAUCAAGAGUGCUACAAACUUUCUGGAAGAUAAAUUAGAAGAAGGCAUUUCAGAUAAUUACACUUUGGCACUUGUGACAUAUGCAUUGUCCUGGGCAAAAAGUAUAAAAGCAAAGGAAGCGCUGAAUAUACUGAACCAGAGAGCCGAACACCAAGGAGAAUUUCGUUUCUGGGUAACACCUGCUUCUGAAAUUUCUGAUUCAUGGCAGCCACGGUCCAUUGAUAUUGAACUUGCAGCAUAUGCUCUGCUCUCGCACUUUCAUCAAGACAGAUUAGCAGAGGGGAUCCCUAUUAUGAAAUGGUUAAGUCAGCAAAGAAAUCAUCUUGGGGGAUUUUCAUCUACUCAGGACACAGUGGUGGCUCUGCAAGCCUUGAGUCUAUUCGCAACUCUAACUACGGCAGGCAGAACAGAAAUGGAUUUAACAGUGACAGCACCUUCUUUGAAAAUACCAGAAAUAUUUUCAAUUGAUACUCGAAACCGUUUUCUGCUUCAGACCAAGGAGCUUGACCCUGUGCAACCAAUGACAGUUACAGUGGCAGCAGACGGAACAGGAUUUGCUGUCUUUCAGCUCAAUGUUAUUUACAACACAAAGCACGCUGAUCAGAGGCUCAGAUCUGUCCAAAACCAAGAAGCCUUUGACUUGAAUGUUGAUGUAAAGGAUGACAAAGAUGAUAAAAACCAUUUGACCUUGAAUGUGUGCACAAGGUACUUGGGUUCUGGCGCAGCUCCCAGGAGCGGUAUGGUCCUCAUGGAGGUUGGCUUACUCAGUGGUUUCUCUGUGUCACCAGAUUUCAUUCCAUUAGACAAUACAGUUAAGAAGAUGGAAAAGGACAAUGGAAAAGUCAACCUAUACUUAGACUCACUAAACGAAACACACAUUUGUGUGGAUAUUCCAGCUGUGAGAGACUUCAAAGUGGCAAAUAUCCAAGAUGCUUCAGUGACCAUAGUGGAUUACUAUGAACCUAGGAGAAGAGCGGCGAGAAGCUACAAUUCAGAAGUAAUGCGGAGUAUAACCUCUUGUGACUUCUGUGAAAGGGGUUGCGGUCUUUGCCACCGAGAUGGUUCUGCAGCCUUGCUUCAGCACUCUUCAUUGGACUCCUUGUUCUGUCUGCUGUUUGUCCUUCAUGUAAACUUGCUGUGCAGUUGGGUGCUGUAA